AUGAAGGACUAUUUCUCUUGCUUGCAUAGAAGCAGGACUUGUGCCCACUUUUUUUUUCUUCCUCCCCAGCAGCAAACUCGCAGUGUAAUGCCCGAGUGUUCUCGUGUUCCUCGCCCAAACCAAGAAGAUGCUCGCCGAGAUCCCGGGGGAGAGGUGGCAGAAGCAGGAGGAAGAGGAGGAGGAGGCACUCUGGACAAUCUUGGUCUUAAACAGGUCUUCCUGGCCAUGAUGACUCCUCGUCAGGUGACGCGGCCUCUGUCCAGCGGCCAGCUGCACGCUCUGAUGCAGCACAAGCAGAAGGCCUUCAUCCUCCACCAGCAUCAUCUCAAAGAGUUUUACAAGAAACAGCAGCAGAUGAACGUGCGCUUGCUUCAGCAGCAGCCGCUCAAAAAAAGCCAAGAGCUCCUUCCAGAGCAGCUGGCGCUCCAGCAGCUCCUGCACAUCCAGCAGCAGCUUCAUCAACAGCAAUCAGCCCGCCCCCCCGCAGCCGCUAUCAGCUCAGUGGAGUUGGAGGAGGUUUCGAAGGAGAUGACAAAAGGAGGAGCAGCAGUAGCAGAAGAAGAAGCACAAAACGCCGUCAAACGCGAUCACAAAGGCGCUGAGAAGAAGACGACAAGCCGUGAGAGUCAAACCUUCAGUCAAGCUGACUUCGGAGCUCCAAAUGUCCUGUACGGUCACGGCGUGUGCAACUGGCCCGGGUGCGAGUCCACCUGCCAAAACUACAGCCAGUUUAUCACGCACAUGCGCGGCGAGCACACACUGGAUGACAAAAGUGCAGCACAGUGUCGAGUCCAGAUGCAAGUGGUUCAACAGCUGGAGUUUCAGCUGUGCAAGGAACGAGAGCGCCUGCGAGCGAUGACGGCUCACCUUCAGCUGUCGCCCGCUGCGGAAUCCCAUUUCGGACCUUUGACGCCACGUGGCGUGUCUGCCGACUCACUUUGUCCGCAGGCAAGCUCGGUCGCUUGCGACCCACCCUCGCCGAAUCCUCCCCGAUCGCUGGCCCCCGUCGACAGCCCACCGCGGGGGAGACUCUCUCCUACAUCGUGCGCUGGGGCCGUGAGACGUCGCCAUCAUCGGUUGGCCUACUCUACAGAAAAAGAACAUGACCUCGACAUGAACGCUGACAUCAGACCACCUUUCACAUACGCAACCUUAAUAAGACAGGCCAUUGUAGAAUCAGCAGACACACAGCUAACGCUAAACGAGAUCUAUACUUGGUUCACGAGGACCUUCGCCUUUUUCCGCCGCAACGCCGCCACGUGGAAGAAUGCCGUGCGCCACAACCUGAGCCUGCACAGAUGCUUCGUGCGUGUGGAGAACCCGAAAGGCGCCGUGUGGACGGUGGACGAGGCGGAAUACCAGCGGCGGCGGUCGCAGAAGAUGACGGGGAGUUCACUACUGAUGAGGAGCGCCCACUUUGGAUCGGUUUCGAAUGCCCGCUCACAGACGUCAUUUACAGACGCAACGUCGCCGGGAUUCAUGCACGGAAACACUAAGAGCUUGGACUCGCCAGCACAAUGGUGACCAUUUGCCGAAUUUGAAACUGAAAGGUGCCUUUCACUUGAACAUGUUACACUCUCACUGCCGAGAACCCGUGACGGUGAACAAUGGCGGACCGCAGCUCAACAGGACUCAAAUCAACGAUUACGACUUGUUGUGACUCCUCCGAUGAGUUAAUCUUUUACGAUUAAACACUGGAUGUGAAAUAUACUCUACAUUAUGUAAUGGUGUCAAUUGUGGUCCUCCCUCUACUUUUUUUUGAUACUGUUUAUCCUCACAAGGGUCGCGGUUGCACUGGAGCCUAUCCCAGGUGACCCAGAUGCGGGGUACACCCCAGACUGGUCCCCAGUCCCUCACAGGACACAUUAAGACAAACAUUCCCGCCUAUGGACAAUGAAGAUGCUCCGAUGUUCCGAGCGUGCAUGUGUUUGGGAACGUGUGAGAAAGUUGGAGCAUCUGAAGAAAACCACCAAAAGCACCGAGAGAACAAGCUAACCCCACACGACUAGCCCAGAGCUGAAGUUCAAACCGAGGGGCUCGCGACUGUGAGGCAGACCAUGGAACCACGAAGUCACCCCGUCGCCCUAAAUUGUGGAACCAUCUAAUAAUGACUUUGCAAUAUGUGUCUCCUUAAUAAAUAUCAUCAUCAAUUCAUUAUUGACUGAGGACUUUUUAUUAAAUUCACAUACAGUGUGUCAAUGUGAUCUAUUUUAGUGCAGGUGUCUACUUAAGCGUCAUGAUGAGUAUUGACACCAAGCUCAAGAAUAUUCACCGUUCCUCCAGGUUAUUUCAUUCUCAGGACAACGAAUCAAUCGCAACUGGACUGUUCUGGUUGUCUUGAAGGACGUUUUCGUCUCUCGUCUUAGAACGUUUCUUCAGUUCAAGCAACAAUCCUCAGUGGGGACUGCACCAGCCCAUGUCGGUGUGGGGAAAAAAAAAACACCCGGUCAAGCUCCAAGAUGGAGCUAUGGAGACCGAUAUCCAGUCAUGUUGGGGUUGCUAUGUUAGGUUAAAUGCACUUGUUUACUUUUUAGUUUGGAUCAUGGUUGGACAAAAUGAAAUGAUCCAAAAACAAGACCCAAAGAGUGAUUUGGUGUUUGUGAUCAAUGAAUGAAUGCAAAUGAAUGCCGAGUGACAAGCAGCAUGAUGCUAAAUGAGCAAAAGAGCACAUUUGUCAUUGGCCAGGCGUCGAAAAACGAGUGAGCAUCAUUGCAGAUUUUGUGAUGUGAUUUUUAGUCGAGGGCUCUUUUUUUUUUUCCCCCUCCGAAAUCACAGACAUCUUUGAAAGAGUA